AUGGAUAUAGAAAGCUCAUCUUCUUCCUCUGCUUCUAGCCGUAAGUGGAAAUAUGAUGUUUUUCUAAGUUUCAGAGGUGAGGAUACUCGCAAGAAUUUUACAGACCAUCUAUACACUACCUUGAAACAGAAAGGUGUCAACACCUUCAGGGAUGAUAAAAAUCUCGAGAGAGGAGAACCUAUUUCACAUGAGCUUUUAAAAGCAAUCGAAAAAUCAAUGUUUGCUAUUGUCAUUCUGUCAAAAAACUAUGCAUCCUCAACAUGGUGUUUAAAUGAACUUGUAAAGAUCAUGGAAUGCAAAAAAGAGAUAGGGCAAACAGUCUUGCCUAUUUUUUAUGAUGUGAAUCCAUCUGAGGUGCGAAAACAAACAGGAACAUAUGCACAAGCAUUUGACGAACAUGAAAAGUGUUUCAAAGAGACUAUGGAUGAAGUUCACAAGUGGAGAGCUACUUUGACAGAAGUGGCCAAUCUCUCUGGAUUUUCUUUACAAGAUAGGCAUGAGUCAGAAUUUAUACAAAAUAUUGGGGAAGAGAUAUUGCGCAAAUUAAGUUACGCAUUCCCAAGAGAUACCGGUGAUUUAGUAGGAAUAGAUUAUCAAGUGAAAGAAUUGAUGUCGCUAUUGGCUAUAGAAUCAAAUGACGUUCGCGUCAUAGGGGUUUGGGGGAUGGGAGGAAUCGGCAAGACAACUCUUGCCAGAGUUGUCUAUCAUAUGAUUUUUAAUGAUUUUGAAGGUGGUAGUUUUAUCACUAAUAUUGGAGAAGAAUUUGAAAAACAAGGUUUACUUCCAUUACAACAAAAACUUAUAUGUGAAAUUUUGAGGGAGAGAAGUAUGAAUAUAUGGGAUGUUGAUGACGGAGUUCUUAUGAUCAAGAAUAGGCUAAGGCAUAAAAGAAUUCUUCUUGUUCUUGAUGAUGUAAAUCAAUUCAACCAACUAGAAAAGUUAGCUGGAAAGCUUAAUUGGUUUGGCCCAGGUAGUAGAGUUAUUAUCACAACAAGAGAUAAGCAUUUGUUGAUAAGACAUAAUGUAUUUGGAAUAUAUGAGGUUAAAGGAUUGGAUGAUGUAGAUGCUCUUCAUCUUUUUUUUUUGAAAGCUUUUAAUAGGGACCUUCCUGCCACAGGUUAUCUAAAGUUGUCUAAAGAGUUUGUAAAUUAUGCUAAAGGCCUUCCUCUAGCUAUUGAGGUUUUGGGUUCUUUUUUGAUCGGGAGAGGAAAAGAGGAAUGGGAAAGUGAAUUAGAAAGGCUUAAAGAAUUUCCAGAGAAAGAAAUCAUCAAUAUAUUACAAAGAAGUUUUGAUGGACUUCAUGAAAUAGAUAAGGAAAUAUUUCUACAUAUUGCAUGUUUUUUUAAUAUGAAGAAUAAAGAUUAUGUGGAAGAAAUUCUAGAUUAUCUUGGCCUUCAGCCUAAAAUUGGUUUAAGCGUUCUCAUUGAAAGAUCUCUUUUGAAAGAAUAUGAAAGUCUCUUUAUGAUGCAUGGCCUACUACAAAAAAUGGGUCAAGACAUAGUUCGUAAAGAUUGUCCUCAAGACCCUGCUAGGUGGAGCAGAUUAUGGUUAUAUAAGGAUAUUCAUAAUGUGAUGAUGAAAAAUUCGGGAACUGAAGCAAUUCAAGGCCUAGUCCUAGAGCUUCCUACAUUUCCUAAAGUUGAAAAACAACAUAAAUCCGAAAAGGCAAAUUGGAAACUUGAAGUUUUUUCAAAGAUGCCUAACCUUAAAUUGCUUAUAAUUAAUGGUGUUCACAUUUUGCAUGCUCCCAAACAUCUUCCUCAUGGUUUAAAAUGUCUUCAUUGGAGUGAAUAUCCUUCAAACUUUUUGCCAUUAAGUUUUCAAUGGGAUGAGCUUGUUGAACUUUGCAUGUUCCACAGCAAAAUCAAACGACUUUGGGAAGGUUUGAAGCACUAUGACAAUUUGAAGUCCAUCAAAUUGAACGAUUCCUUGAACCUCAUUGCAACACCUAAUGUUACCGGAGUUCCCAAUCUCAAAAAAUUGGUGUUUAAAGGUUGUAUAAAUUUACAUGAAGUUCACCCAUCUACUUUAGUUCAUAAAAGGCUUAUUCUUCUUGAUCUAGAAAAUUGCAAAAGUCUUAGUAGUCUUCCAAGCAAGUUUGAAAUGGAAUCUCUUGAGAUUCUUAUUCUUUCAGGCUGUUCAAAAAUCAAGAGAAUUCCAGAAUUUAUGACAAAUAUGGAACACUUGUGGAAACUUCACUUAGAUGGCACUGCUAUUACGAAACUUCCCUCUUCAGUUGAACAUUUGAUUAACAUUGCUUCAUUGCAUUUGGGACAUUGCAAGAAUCUUAUGUGUCUUCCUAGGAUCAUAUGUAGCUUCAAGUCACUUAAAGAUAUUAAUUUGGCUGGAUGCUCGAAGCUUGACGGUCUACCAGAGGAACUAUGGAAUGUUGAAAGUCUAGAGAAGCUUAAUGUAUGUGUUCUUUAA